AUGGCAGGAAGGGGUACAACGAACUCGAUGGCGCCCAAAGCAAAGGACGACCCCGUCCGCCAACAACUCAUCCGCGCCCUCUUCUCCGACAGCUCCUCGAAUACUGGGGAGACAAUGUUGACGUAUAUCAAAAUCUAUGAGGAAGAAAAGACGUCCAAGGAGAUGAAGACCUUUGGUGGGAGCAGUAAGAAGGGUGGAAGUGCGGACCGAAACAAACUCCUCUCCAAGCCCCGGUACAUCUGCAUGACUGUCAAGGGGAAUGGAAAAGUGCGACUGCACAAGGUCAAGAAGACUUCUGCAACGUCGUAUCAUAUUGGAAGGACCUGGCAUUUGGAUGAAAUCAAGUCCAUCGAGAAUGUCGACGCAAAGAGAUGGAAUGUGAUUAUUAACCGCCCUUAUGCCUGGGUCUCUGAUGAUGCUGAGAUCAAGAACGAUUUCUUGAUGAUGUUGCUCAAGGUGCUGAGGAGCAAUUUGAAGAGGUUGCCAGCGCUGAUUAACAUUGACGAGCCUGCCCUUGCCAACCAGUUCAAUUUGGCGAGGGAGGCGGUGGUGACGUCAAGCACGAGCAGGAACCACCGUGUAGCACCGGUGCCCGGAAACAAUGGAGCAGCCAUCGCCAAUUCUACAGGAUCGUUCGUGCAGGAUUUCGACCACCGGCUCUCGAUCCAGACAGAGCGCAUGAAGAGAACGGUUCCACCUUCUUCAGGUUCGCUAGGUUCGGGUACGACACCCGGAGCUACAGCCACCGGUGGAGCGAGUAGUCCGCGCACUGGAUCCAAGUUGAUGGAGGACAAUGAGCCCCUGGAUGAGGUUGCACUGAUGAACCUUGAGGAGUUGUUGUAUGAUAUGGAGUUGGCCAACAACGAGGAUGGUGUCGCACUGGAGACUCGUUUGAUGAACGAGCUCGCAUCGUUGGAGACUGCGAAUGUGUACUCUAUUAUCGAAUCUGACGACAGGAUCAAGGAUGUGAUGGCGGAGCUUGACAAGGGUAUUGAAGAACUCGACGACAUGGACAACUGGCUAUUCCUCUACCGCCAGGAGCUGGAUUCGAUGGGCGAUGACAUUCGACAGAUUGAAUCCCAGAACCGUGGUCUGCAAGUCCAGACUUCUAACCAGGCCAGUCUGCUGAGGGAGCUCGAGAACUUGCUCAUCUCAAUCACAAUCCCGGACAGGAUAAUCGAGACCUUGAAGAAGGAGACUCUGGAACGCGAGAAUGGGGUUCGUAAACUGGAGGAUGCUGCUGCCGAGGUUCAGGAUGUGCUGUUGUCAAAAUAUGAUGAGGAUGUUGCGGGCAUGAGUGCUGUUAGGGGAAGGAUGGAGUUGUACAAUUUCCAUUGCUCGAAUUUCGCGGGCAGGUUGUCGGACUUCUUGAGGACAAAGUGUCAGGCCCAGGCGGACCAGUACUUGAAUGAUCGCCAGCGGACAUUAGCCAAGGGGUAUGUGGUCAUGUUUGGGUAUGAGCCCAUUGAGAAGUACUUUAUUACUUACCGGGGACUUAUUGUUUGGCUUCGCGAGAUGGAUCCCCGUCGCUUCGCCGACCUUCAAAUGCUGUUUGUGAAUAACAUGAACAGGCUGUACCGCAAGGAGAUCAAGGAGUUUUUCAGCGUGCUCAUUACCAACCAUGUCGCCAAAUUGGAAAAGCCCGACGACUCUGAGUUCGGUAAUGUCCCCCAUCUUGGAUCACUCCGUGCGCGAGGCGAUGUACUGUUGUGUGACGAGUUGUUUGGGUCGACAUAUCAUGGAGGGUUGAUUGCACGUGGAGGAACGGCAAUCCGUGAGUCAUUGUCGUCGCCUUCAGACUUGACAGGAAGAAUCCCAUGGCGCAGGAGAUCGACACGGGAGAUCCAUGACCCCAACGCCAAUGGCCGCUUCAACAACGGCACCAUGUACGAGUCGUCGCGUAGGAUCGACGUUGCUCAGGAGGAAAAGUUGGCAGUGGACGAGGCCUUCUCUCAGGCACUGUCGAUCAUGACCUCUUUGGCUGCCCGUGAACAGAACUACCUUUCAGAUCUGUUUACGUUGACCAAGAUGAUGUCUAUGCGGAUGUUCAUCAAUGACAAGCCACCUUUCUCGAUGCAGGAGUUGGAGACUGUCAGGAAACCUACACUGGAUGUCAAGAGUUCCAAGAGGUUGGCUCAGCUCAUGGGUAUCCUCUUUGAUGGUCUCAGUGUUGAGCUCAACAACUUUGCCGAGACCGGAUACAAGAACGAGAGCGUGCAAUGUGUGGGUAUGUUGAUUUCGGUGGAGAGGACACAGAAGGAAUUUGCCGAGUCCGACCAGGCAUUCUUGAUCACCAUGUUGACUCAGCUGAGGGCCAAGUUGGUUGGUAUGUUUGAGAAGUAUGUUGAGGAGCAGUUCAAGUUCAUCGAGGAGGCUCGUAACAAGACCAAGCGCAAGGGCGUCCUCCCCUUCAUGCGGAUAUUCCCCAGAUUUGCUCAAAGGAUGGAGGCGUUGCUGGAGGGUAAUGAAGAUACGGAGGCGCGUCAAUUGAUCACGGCGGCAUACGACAAGUUAGUGCGCGUGAUGUUCGAGUCGACUGAGGCCGUUGCCAAGGAAACUGUGGACUUUGACGACAAGGAGCAGGGAUCGCAUGUGGUCAACAUUGAGAACAUGCACCAUUUCUACUCGGAGCUGCGACAGCGUAAAGUCACCAACUUGGAGAACUAUAUGAAGUAUGCCAAGGGCUCGUAUGAGAGCCAUCUUGCGACUUAUGUCCGUGGUGUCGUCCGACGUUCUCUUCUCAAGCUCCUCGACUUUUUUGAUGGAGUAGAAGGGCUAGUUAAGGCCAAGACCUCAGAAGACGUGGGCUUCCAUUUGACAUACAACAAACAGGCCCUCAGAAAAGUCAUCUCACAGUACCCAGCCUCGGUGGUCCGAAAAGACCUCCAGCAGUUGUACCGUAAAGUCGAGAAACAUUUCUCGUCCGAAGAAGAGGAGGGCCUGCUGCAAGUUGCAUGGAGAGGCAUUCAGGAGGAGUUCAUUCGACAGCAUGAGAGGUUCUCGAGGUUGAUUCGCGAGUGCUAUCCAGAUGCUGGGGUACAGAUGGAGUUUUCUAUGCAGGAGCUGCUGGGGAUCUUUUCAGAGAUUGCGAAGAGCCAUUAA